AUGAGACUCAACAUCCUCCUCGCCCUCUCCGGGCUUUUUGUAGCAUGGGCAGCGGCCUACAAGAUCUACACGGGCUUCAAAACCAAUAUCGCCAAAGCGCGUAAAGCUGGAUAUCCCGUUCUUAUUACCCCAAUCUACCCCCUCUCCCCACUCUGGCUCACAACUCGCACCUUCCUCCUCCCCCUCCUCACCCGUUUUCUCUCCUUCCUCCUCCCCGCCUCCGUUUAUUCCAGCCACAUCCACCCCUGGCUCUUCGUCAUGACUCCCGACUGGGAAUACCACCCCUCGCCCAGCCGACACUUUGCGCAGCAGCAAGUCGGGAGCGACACGUUCAUCGCCGCCAGCUGGAACGGGCUGUGCUGCUAUACUAGGGAUGCGGGGGUCAUUCACCAGGUGAUGAGUCGGCGGGAGGCGUUUCCCAAGGAUACGAGACAGUAUGGAAUACUGGAAAUUUUUGGGUCAAAUGUUGUGACGACGGAAGGGCAGGUGUGGAGGAUGCAUCGCAAGGUUACUAGUGCGAGUUUCAAUGAACGGAACGCGGGGUUUACGUUUAGGGAGGCGGUGAGGCAGACGAAGGGGAUGGUUGGGGGGUGGUUUGCUUCUUCUGGUGAGCAAAAUGGGGGACAGCAUAGAGAGGAGAACGGAGGGCAGAAUGAAGGGAAGGAGAAAGAAAUGACGGGCACAAUCACGACUCUGGAACACGACACCAUGCGCUGGGCACUCAACAUCAUCGGGUACGUCGGCUUUGGACUUCGGCUGAUUUGGCCGCACGAGUCGAUGCCGACGGACGUAGACCCGAAGCUGGCCAAGUACGGGAGUUUGGAGCCGCCGGCAGGGUAUUCGAUGACGUUUGCGGAUUCGUUGGCGACGGUUUUGGAGAGGAUCUUGGUUAUAUUGCUGGUCCCUUCGGCGGUUCUUAAGCGGAUUCCACGUUCGUGGGGCAGAAUUGGCGCGAAGAUGCACGAGGCGUGGGAGGCCAAAGUCAACUAUACCAAGUACAUGAACACCUUUUUGGCCGAAAAAGUGGAGGAUAUUCGCGCGGGAAGAAAGGAGAAGGAGGGGAUGAAUAUCAUGGGUCAGCUUGUUAGGAGCAAGUAUGACAUCUCUUCCUCUUCUUCUUCUCUCGAGAAGAACGACAGCGCAACAAACUCGACAUGGAAGUUGGAAGACAGCGAAAUCAUGGGUAACGCAUUCAUCAUGACCCUCGCGGGCCACGAGACCACCGCCAACGUCACGCACUUUACGCUUAUCGAGCUGGCCAUCCACCCCGAAGCGCAGCGGCGCGUGCAGCGCGACAUCGACGCCAUUUUCGGCCGGGACUCCGAUCCGGAAACGUGGGACUACGAGAAGAACAUCAACGCCUUGUUAGCUAGUUACAUCGGGGCGGUGAUCAACGAGACCCUGCGGCUGAUUCCGCCCGUGGUGGUCACGCCCAAGCGAGUGGCGGAUACGGAUCAGUGGUUACAAGAUGAAACAGAUGGACAAAGACAUCAUAUGCCAGCUAUGAUGCCCAUCAUGCCUGUUAUUUCAGCUGUCCAGAGGAAUAAGCGGUUUUGGCCUGCCCUCGACAAAACGAAGCAGGAAGGGGACGCGGGAGAUUUGGAUGAGUGGUUACCUGAUAGGUGGAAGAGGAAGAGAACUACGGCGGCUACCAAGGCCUCGACACAUCCCCCACCCUUUUCCGGCCCGUUCGCGGCUCCUUUAUUCCCUUCUCUGACGGCGCGCGUUCCUGCUUGGGGGAGGAGGAUUGCCAUGGUGGAGAUGGUCGCUGCUAUGGCGGUGAUGUUCCAGAAAUACUCGGUUGAGUUGGCGGUGGAUGAGUGGGUACCGGGCGGUGAUGAAGAAAUACAAAAGAUGGGAGUGGAGGAGAAGAGGGAGGUGUAUAAGAAGGCGCAGGAGAAGGCGAAGGACACGGUUCUGCAGGCCAAGUCGGUUGUUACGCUCAAGUUGACGGGUGGGAGACAUGUGCCGGUGAGGUUUGUGAGGAGGGGGAAGGAGAGGUUUGUGGGUGAUGAGGGGUUGUGUUAG